ACGCAAUCGGAUACUGAGAAGACCAAUGAGGAGAGCGAAAGGAGCCAAUAUAUCGGACAGUGGAGUUCCAGAGGAUAGAGGGACGUUGAUGCUUCGGACAAGCCGGCAGACAGCACGCCGUCACCAUGCUGUAUGCGGUCUGUGGAGGGUAUCCCAGCGUGUCCACUUGACGACGUCCUCAGUCGACACCCAGUGAUUUCCGCAGAGCCGCAUGCCAGGUGUCGAAUCGAGGGUGGAUGGUAGUUCCUUGUGACAGACGACAGAAGCUUAAGAAGGUCGGAAAGUAUUCCUCGAACGACGUCGUCAUCCUGAAACUGAAACUAAAGCUCGGAGCGGCACCGAAGUCCCCGCAAUUAUAUGAGACGAAGAACAACACCACGAAACGAAACGACAGCGCUUCAAGACAUUGAUAUGAAAGAUGGAACAUGGCCGGCACAACCCCGCGUCGUCCCUGACGGCAGUGCUGCAACACUUGGAAGCAAAUUCUGAAGCCCGCCCAGGCCGCCAGCAACUCGACGACUGGAUCCAGCAGCCCAGCAGGGACAUCCACGAUCGUUUGGCCGCAUACUAUUCACUCCCGGGCGUGCCCCAGACCACCACGAGCCCAUACCCACAGUCCAUCGGCUCCUCGAUGGCCCGCACCCAGCUGCACCUGCCCUCGACCGCCUCUGCCUACGCGCCCUCCCUCCUCUACUCCGAGGCGACGCCCACAGAGUCUUCUGUCAGUACCGGCCUGGCGAGUAGGCUGUCUGGAUUCCAGCUGCUAGAGGAGGUCGACGGCGUGCUAGAGUUGCGGCCGAACCUGCGCAGUCCCGUAUACGAAUGCGCCUUUUGGUUCCUGUCUUGUUCUUAUAUAUCACAAGACAAGGAGGAAUGGCGGACUCACUGUGCGUCACACUUCCGGGGAGAAGAGCCACCUAAGUCGGUCCGGUGCCCGUUGUGCGAAGAGUUCAAGACCACGUACGAGAACGGCCUCGACGCGUGGAAUGCGCGUAUGGAACAUGUCGCGUGGCACCACGAGCUGGGACAGACGCUGAAGACGAGUCGCCCGGACUUUCACCUCUUCCAGCAUCUCUGGCAGAAGCGGCUGAUUGACGAUGCCGACUUGAAGGAGCUGAAGGGUGGUAACCACAAUCUUACUAGAGCGCCACAACCAUUCGUAACCACCAACGGGAGAGGUCGGCCGGGCAGGAGGGAGUCCCAGACACAACGACUGGGGCCGGCGAGGAGGCGCUGAGAUACCUAAGUGGACGAUAGAAUUCUGCUGGUUUGCUCCAGUUGUACCAGUGCGCUAUUGCGUACAUGGCUCCUCGAGCGGAGGAGAAACCGAGAUUCGAAAUGACGGCAUAUGCAGGCGUAGGCCCAACACUCGACGGUGUUAAGACUGCUUGAUGGAUUGCAUAUGGAUAACCAUGUCGGAUUCGACUUAUUUCCUACGGCUUCGCGCAUCUCUUUGGAUUUUGGAACCCUUCUCACCUAAUUCACGACUUCACGACGCCACGACAUCAUGACCGCAUAGCCGGAGUACGGAAAACUGCUUCGACUCGUUUCUUUCCAUUUCUUCUCUGUUGUAUUAACUUUUGGCUGUUGGCGUACGGAUACCCAGAUUGGACAAGGGUUGGAUGGGCAGGCAUCAGAAUGCAAAAAACGCCUUAGGAUACAAAUCGUAGCUAGUUUAGUUUCAAAAAAGCGGAUUCGGGAUCUUUCUUU